CCACAGCCUAACUCACUAGACCACAGCGCCAAGCAUACCGCUGCAGUGAUCACGCAACGCGCGCCGCGACUGCCCGCGUCCGCCAUUUUGAAUUGUGACGUCACUGGUCAACCACAAGAAUCCAACAUGGCUGAUUCCCAAGUGCGCCCGUUCUACGCCGGUAAAAACUUUUUCAUCACCGGCGGUACUGGCUUCGUUGGCUUGUGUCUGCUGGAAAGGAUCCUGAGGAGUCUACCUGACGCUGGCAAGGUGUACCUGCUGAUGAGGCCGAAGAAAGGGAAAAGGAUUGAAGAACGGCUUGAGGAGUUUCCUAAGAAUCCGAUCUUCGAGACCCUCCUCCAAACCAACACACCCGACAUCUUCAAGAAACUGGUCCCCAUAGCUGGUGACGUCGGGGAACCGAACCUGGGCCUCAGCGUAGAAGACCGCCAGCUGCUGGUGGACAAUGUGAAUGUGAUCAUUCACUCGGCUGCUACUCUGGACUUUGAGGAGGGGUUGAAGCCGACUGUGAGGAUCAAUGUGCUGGGGACGAGAAGGGUAAUGGAGCUGGCUGGACAGGCUAAGAAUUUGAAGGUCAUGAUCCACGUCUCCUCAGCGUACGUCAACUCCUAUCUCCACGAGGCUCGCGAGAAGCUCUACGACGCACCAGAAGACGUGGAACAAGUCAUAGCUUUAGUCGACACUCUUUCCGAUGAAGCACUAGUUGCUGUUGAACCAAAACUCUUAAAAACACAUCCAAACACUUACACUUUUACUAAGCACUUAGCUGAACAUGAGGUGGCUAAGUAUGCUGAUAAAUUCCCUUGUACUAUAGUGAGGCCUAGUAUGAUUGUUGCUGCUUGGAAAGAACCUGUCCCUGGUUGGACUUGCUCGAAAGUCGGUCCUCAAGGUUUCUUAAUGGGCGCUUCUAAAGGCGUCGUCCGAAGACUACCGUUAGCUGCCAAUAAUAUAGCUGAUUAUAUCCCUGUUGAUGUUGUUGUAAAUGAGUUAUUGGUAGCCGGUUAUCAAACAGCAAAAUCUAAUACAGGUCUGCUUGCUAUAUACCAUGCUACAUCAUCAACUCAAAAGCCGUACCGGUGGGUGAUGCUUGAAGACACUAUUAAUGAGACCUUGCAUAAAUACCCUUUGAAAAGCGCUGUUUGGUAUCCCCAUCUUAAAUUCGUGAAUUCUCUUCUUAUGUUCAGAAUCUCCGCUCUUUUCGUACAUUUCAUACCAGCGAUUCUUCUAGACAUGCUUUUACGAGUAACAGGUGGUCGUCCGAUUCUGUUCAGAUUGCAUAAAAACGUUUGGAACUCACUUAACAGACUUGAAAAGUUCAUUUUCACUGAAUGGAAGUUUCAUAAUACGAAUUCUAUUGAGCUCGCUGGGAAAUUGAACAGCACUGAUAGUAAACUUUUUUAUAUAGAUAUAUCGGAUAUUGAAUGGAGAGCGUACUUCACUGCUUUACAUUUGGGUGUAAGAAGGUACCUAAAUCGCGAGAAGGAAUCUACUUUAGAGGCAGCAAGAGGUAAAGAUACUGUAUUGCUGGUUCUUCAUAUAAUUUGGCAGGUGUUGAUCAUUUCUCUUUUCUGGUAUUUCGUGGCUUGCUUGAUUGGGUUAACUAUGACCCAGAGUGCGUGGUGUGUGCCGGCGUUGUAUAUUUUGUAUAGUUAUUUAUAAACUGUUUUAGUCUACUAUGUAGAUUUAGGCAAGGCGCUUGACACUUAAUAAUUGAGUGCAUUCAGCAAAUUAGCAUGGAAUAUAAUUAUUGUGUCCACCAAGGCGGCAAACAUAUCGUUACACAAUUUUGUUACCAUAAAAAAUAACGAUGAGUUCUGGUAUAUUUUGCGUUUUGUCUAUCACAAUUAUUCUGAAUGACAUGUCUCAUGAGCUUAUUUACCUAUGUUAUUUCUACUACUGGCAGUAAAUAAGUAAUUUUACUGUAAGUAGCUACUGCUAAAUUAAUGUUACAGUAACGUUUUCAUAUUGCCAACUUUACCUAUGGCAAAGUUACCUCAGAUGGUAAAGUUGCCAUGUUUGACGGUACUUUUACAUUAAGUUUGUUAUAUAUUCUAUAAUUUAAAUACGGACAAUGGUAGUUAUAAUUACUUAUAUAGGAACAAUAUCUUCGUUACUAUGAUUAUUAAUUAUACCUAAUAAAAAAUUGUAACUAUAUUACUUACACUUGUUAAUAUUUCAGAUAUAGUUUUAAUAAAAAUAUAAAAACUUUUUAUAUGAACUGUACAUUUUUUAAAACAAUCUAUACACUUAUGCUUUGUAAUUUGUAUAUCAUUUUAUCAAAGGAAAAAAUAAUAAUUAUUUUUUAUUGAAUGGCAGAAGACUGAAUUUUAUAUGGACUGAAUGUUAUAUAUAUUCUAAUACUUACCUUUUUAUAUAUUAUGUUCAUUUAUUUCAUUCAGAAGCAUAUAUCUGUAGGUACAAGCACAUCUAUUUUUAUAUAAAUUUCCUUUAUCAUUUAGAGAGGGGAAAUACCCACAAAAAUAUCGAUAAAAAUUCUAUUUUUUAUUUUUGUAACUUAUAUUUGAAUAGUGUGGAGGUGGUCGUUAAUAAAUGUUUAUAUUUUGAUA